AUGAUGUUCUCAUACUUGAAUGACGCUACCGUCUGGCCAAAAUUCUGCGCAACCUACGAAGGCAUAUAUGACAAGAUGGGUGAAUUUGACGAGUGGUAUAACCUGAACGUGGGCCCGGCUUCUUUCAACAUUCAAGAGGAAUGGAAAGACUACAUCCGCGUAGCGCUCGAUUCGCUUGUGCUGCGGUCGCGGGACUCGCUGAGCUAUUAUAUCGCGAAUAAAAGGUUCACUGUCAACUUGACUUACCUCCUCCAAUGGGGGCGCGUUCAACUGUUUGGCCGGAGUAACAUCAAGCUUGACCAGUAA